AUGUCGUCAGACGCCCGUGUUCCGGCCUGGAAACGGUUGGGCCUCAAGCUUAAAGCCGGCGCCGAUACCCAAGCAGACAGCGCUGCUCCCUCACAAAAGAGCAUUGCCUCUCCCGAUACAACCCCUUCUGGCUCGGCCAAGAGAAAAUCCUCGGGACCAUCUGCGCAGGACCCCUAUGCGAAAAAACCGAGAAGGGAAGACACCAACAACGCAACGACUGCGAAAACGAAACCCAAAACUCCCAAAUCCGUAUCGUUUGCUGCCGAGACCGAGGAGCUCGCCCCGCCGAAGCCUGCGACCAACGGCCAAAAGGUUCCCAAGAGGCAGAAGCAGAAGUCGGAAAAGCCCAUAACCGAGACGCCCAAGGGCACGCAGCCCAAUACCGCCGUCAAGCCCUUGGUCAAGAAGCAGAACGCCGUCGCCAACUUGCAGUCCGCCAUUGAGUACCUGCGGCAGUGGCAUACCGCGCGUGACUCUUGGAAGUUCAACAAGAACCACCAGACGAGACUUCUCGAGUACGUCUUUUCCGACGAGACGACCAUCCCUGCCGUCGACAUCAACGUCUUCUACGAGUAUAUUAGGCCCUUGAAGGGCUUUGUCAGGAAACGCUUGCGCCAGACCGCGGCCGAGGUCAAGAGCAAGGACAUGGAAAAGGGAAGCGAGGCUUUCUCCGCCUCUGGCAAAGAGGCAGCUGCUAGGAAGCAACAGGAAUAUGAAGGUGUCAUUGCAGGCUACCUCGAACAAGAGAGGACGCCGGGGAAGAGGAGGUUUGAGGAGAUGGACUACGUCCUGCGAACUGCCGACAUGGAGAUGCAGAGGCGAGUCGUGAAGCGCAUGCGUGCGGAGAUGAUCCUCGACGAGCUUCCAGAAUCUGACGACUCUGAGAGUUCGACGGGUACGGCCACCUUGACGGAGACAGAGACGGAGACGGAAAACACGACCGGCGAGGGCUCGGCAGAAGGACAGGCCGCAAAUAGCGAAGGUGACAAGAGGAUAAAGCUGAACGACGGCUCGCAGCGCAGAUUACGAAGAAACAAAGUGCGAACAGCCGAGGUGGAAGACGACUCAAGCAGCUCCUCCGAGGAUGAUUCGGACUCGGAAUCAGACACCACCAGCAGUGGUAGCGAAUCCUCAUCAGACGACGAGUCAGACUCGGAAAACGCCAUGGAUGUCGACCCGGCACGAAAUGAAGAAGAAACAUCGUCAAGCAGUAGUUCUUCGUCAUCCGAAUCAGAUUCAGAUUCUGACGAUGACUCUAGUGAAGAGGAAGCAUGA